UGUUAUUUAUUAUAAAUUUAUCAAAAUCGUGUGAAAAAACUCGUUAAGAAAUUUUAUUGUCAAAUUGAUGUCGAUGUAUUUUCUGUCUUUUUAUCUCGAAUGUGCCUGUAAUUGAAGAAGACGAGUUUCACUUCUUUUUUACGGGUUGGAUAUGUCCAGUUUUCAUAAAAAGGGUAAAAUGCUCUAGUAAGUGAACAUUUUUAAAGGAUUGCGUAUAUUGAUGUGUUUUAAAUUAUAUACAUAUCUAGCAUAAAGUGAUAGUGCCCAAGGACUAUAUUAAAAAUUUAAGGAACAGUGCUUCGUAACAAUAGAGUCAUCUUACUUAUUUAAAUGAUAAAAACAUAUUUGAAUUGUUUAAAAAACAAACAACUGGAUUAAAAAAAGGAUUUCAGCUUGGACCCCUCCCGGCAAAUACUACAGUAAAUUUUUCAACAUAUUAAUUAUUAUAACAAACCUAAUUUUCAUACUAAAUUUAACAAAUUUUGACAAAUUAAUCCUCAUUUUUUUAUUUAAACUGUAUAAAUUAAGAUAAAUAUUAGUUAUGGGGUUUUGCGUGUGGAAUGUCCUUUAGUUUAUUAAAAAUGCUAAGUUACAGAAUUGAUAAGAUAUCUUCUAAUUGUUUUUCACAAACAGUUGAUUGUUCUUUAACACAAACGUAAUUGUAGUGUAAUUGAAUUGAAAAAUGGAUCAUUGCCAAAGAGUGAAAAGAAAAACGAACCCAAAAGAAACUGCGAACAUAUUUUCUUUGUUGACUUUUACAUAUAUAGGUGGAAUUUUAAAAAAAGGUUUCAAAAAAGACUUGGAGGAAGAUGAUCUCUAUGAAGUUAUCCGAUGCUGCAACUCGACAAGGUGUGGAGGCAAGCUGGAAAAAUGCUGGAACAAAGAAAAAGAAAGAAAACGAAAUAAAGGAAAACCACUUUCUAUAAAUAAAAUACUUUGGAAAAGAUGGGGGAAAAGAUAUCUUCUUUUCGGAUGUGUAGAUUUUACCUGGCAUUCUAUAAACAAUUUACUUAAACCAUACGCUCUUAGUAACCUAAUAGGAUAUUUUGUACCUGGUUCCACCAUAACAAGAAACGAAGCAUAUUUCUAUGCUUUGACCUUAAUCAUAUUGGACAUUACUAAUACAAUAUUUAUGCAAAAUUAUAUCCUGUGGGGUCAAACUUUUGGAACUGAGGUAAAGACUGCCUUUUCAUCGCUACUUUACAGAAAGGCUCUAAGGCUAGCUCCUGGUGCAGAUGUUUCUUUAGGAAAUAUUGUGACGUUAAUUACAAAAGAUGUAAUGUCUUUAAGAAUGUCGAUAUGGACAUUCAAUGAUUGCUGGAUUACUAUUAUGCAAGUCAUAAUCAUUAGUACUGUGCUUUAUAUUAGAAUCGGAAUUGCUUCGUUUGUUGGUAUUGGAAUUAUGAUUCUUGCUCUUCCAAUACAAGUAUAUAUUACUAAAUGGGUGACUAUUCUUAGAUUGGACACAAGUAGAAGAACUGACGAAAGGUUGCAGUUAACACAAGAAAUUUUAUCGACUAUGAGAAUUAUCAAAAUGUACACAUGGGAAGAAUUUUUCACUAAAAAGAUUACUAAAGCAAGGAGGAAAGAAGUAAUAAAGCUAGUAGUAGGAUACUAUUUAAAAAUAGUCAAUCUUAUAAUAGGACUUUUAUUUUCGAGAUUAGGAUUUUACUUAUUAAUUAUGGCAUGUAUAUGGACAGGCGUUACGACUGAUACAACUAUUAUCAUCUUUGCUGUUGCCACAUUUAAAGAUCUCGGACACUGGAUUAGCCAGUCCUUACCAUUCACAAUGGGACAAUUAGGAGAAUUUGUUUCUGCUUACCAAAGAAUUAUCAAAGCGUUAGAAGCAGAAGAAUUGGAUCCUGAACAUCAUCUAGAGCAACCAACAAAUGAACCUUUAAUUGAACUUAAAAAUGCAUCAGUAAGGUUUAAAGAUCAAGAAAUUUUAAGCAAUAUAUCAUUUAGAAUCACAUCGGGGUUAACUCUGAUUACUGGAAUAGUAGGAUCCGGGAAAACAUCUUUAUUUAAAGCUAUUCUGCAAGAUUAUCCAUUAUCUGCUGGUUCGUUAGUGACAGAUGGAAGAAUAGCAUUUGCCUCUCAAGAUCCUUGGCUGUUUCCUUCUUCUAUUAAACAGAAUAUCUUGUUUGGAGAAAAAUUUGAUGAAAAAAGGUACAACGAAGUAAUAAGGGUUUGUGCCUUAUUAUUCGACUUUAACCAAUUAGAAAAUGGCGAUGAAACGAUUGUAACAGAUCGAGGAUUAAACUUGAGUAAAGGCCAACAAUCUAGAAUAAAUCUUGCUAGAGCUGUAUACCGCGACAGUGAAAUUUAUUUGCUAGACGAUUGCCUAACAGCUUUAGAUGCAGCUGUUCAAGAUUACAUUUUUACAGAAUGCAUUCAAACUUUCCUAAAAGAAAAAAUCUGUAUCCUUAUAAGUCAAACUGCCAGCCAUAUUGAGAAAGCUGACAACGUUAUAAUUAUGGACAAAGGCUUCAUUAAAGAUAUUGGAAAACCAGACGAACAUAUCUACCAAGAAGUUAAAAAAUUGGUACUUAAAGAUGAUGAUUUGGAAAAAGAAGUAAUCGACGAUGAAAAAGAAGUUAAUGAAAAAACAAAAUUGACCGAAACAGAACAAUUCACAUCUAAAAAGAAAGUUUACAGCGAAAUUAAGAAAGAAGGUUCAAUUGAUUUUGUAGUGUAUAAAAAAUAUUUUAUGUAUGGUGGAGGAAUUGUAAUGGUUUUGUUGAAUUUUUUCUUGGGAGGAGGCACUCAGUUUACUUCAAGUUAUUCUGAUAAACUUUUGAGCAACUGGAUAGAUAUUAAACAAAAUGUUCUAAAUAUAGAAGCAAAUGUAACAUCCAACAAUUCCUUUAUUAAUAAUCUGGAAACAGCUGUAGAAGAAGAAACUUUUAUUUUUAGAAAAUAUACUAUAUUCCUAUUCGUUUCAGUCAUUUUGGAACUGAUCAAACAUUACGCGAUGUUGGAUUUCACUCGAAGAGCUUCAAUUAAUAUACACAAAGCCAUGAUUAAAAAAAUAAUGAACGGUGUCAUGUAUUUUUUUGACACUCAUUUAAUUGGAAAUGUUUUGAAUAGGUUUUCUCAAGAUAUGGCGAAUAUAGAUGAAACCUUACCAUUUGUUAUCGAUGACUGCUAUAGUGUAUUUUUUAGCGUUGCAGGUGGAACACUACUAAUAAUAUCGAUUAAUUUAACAUUUAGUAUUUACGUAGUGUUUAUGUGUUCUUUGCUAAUUCUAUUAAGAUGGUACUAUAUACCUUCAGGACGAAGUUUAAGGCGGUUAGAAGCAUCAACAAGAAGUCCAAUGAUCGGUCACCUGAAUGCUACAUUAGAAGGUUUAACUACAAUUAGAUCAUGUAAGGUGGAGCAUCUACUAAUACAGGAAUUCGAUAAACAUCAAGAUUUGUACACUUCAGCGUAUCUGACUUCUCUUUCAACAAUGCGUGGUAUAGGAUUAUUUAUGAGCUUGAUAACUUCUUCAUUUCUUGUUAUUGUUUUAGCAAAAUUUAUGCUUUUCGAUUCAGAUAUAACUGCUGGAGACGUGGCUCUAGCAUUAACACAAGUCUUCGGAGUAUGUGGUCAAAUGCAAUGGGGUAUCAGACAAUGGGCAGAGCUAGAAAAUAUUAUGACAUCCGUAGAGAGGCUUCUGGAAUACACUGAUAUUAAAACAGAAAAUAAACAAGGGCUGCAACUAGAGAACUGGCCAUGUAAAGGUUCUAUAACUUACGAAAAAGUGUCUCUAUCUUAUAACGAUAGUGACGAAUUAGUUUUGAAAAAUUUGAAUUUCGAAGUAAAGCCAAAUGAAAAGAUUGGAAUAGUCGGUAGAACAGGAGCGGGAAAAUCUUCAAUAAUAUCUACGAUUUUCCGUUUAUAUGAAGUUCAAGGAAAAAUUUUAAUAGACGGAAUCGAUAUUAAAACUCUAGAAAUGCAAUUUUUACGAAAACAUAUAGCUAUCAUUCCUCAAGAUCCUAUUGUAUUUUCUGGAACGAUAAGAACAAACUUGGAUGUACGGAAUGAAUUUAAGGAUAACGAAUUAUGGGAAGCAUUAGAGAAAGUAGGAAUGAAAAAUUACAUCUCCAGUUUGGACCAAAUUGUGGGAAGCAGCUCGAACACAAAUUUCAGUUCCGGACAAAAGCAACUUAUUUGCUUAGCAAGGGCCAUUCUUCGUAAACACAAAAUAGUUGUAAUGGACGAAGCAACAGCCAAUAUGGACCAUGAAACCGACGUUAUUUUACAUAAAAUUAUUAAAAAUAACUUUUCUGAUGCAACUGUUCUUACGAUUGCUCAUAGAUUACAUGCUGUUUUGGAGUGUGAUAAGGUUAUGGUGCUGGAUAGGGGUGAGAUCGCAGAAUUUGACGACCCAAAUACUUUAUUGGAUAAUAGAGAUGGAAUGUUUUAUAAUAUGGUCAGACAAGCUGGACUUCUUAAUUAUUUAAGUUAAUAUUUAUUACAUUUGAAUCAUUAAGUUGAAAAUAUUUAAGUAUAUCAAAGACUUUUUCAUUAUAAAGACUUUUUGUAAUAAAUCAAUCACAAAAUCAAAAUAAUCAGUCUUUUAAUGAUUUUAGAUCUCAAACACUGGUAAAUAUUUUCAAAAUGUAGGGUAUACAUUCAAGAGUACCAUUAUUAAUUUUUUUUAUUAAUUAACUACAUAUACACAUAACUACAUUACAAUAUUUAUUGCUCAAUCCUUACACGUUUUUACUAUUUUUUAAGUAAGGCAGUAGUUAAUAGAGAGUUAUUGCAAGUUCACUUAAGGUCAGUCACUAUUAGUGCCGCUCUUAUUUUGACAUCUGAGCAUGCGCACAUCACUAACUUUAACAAAUAUUGUGCCUAUCCUUAAUAGAGAGAUAUUGCAAAUUUCUAUAAAGCCAGCCACUAAUAGUGACAUCGUAAUUAGAGUCAAAUAAAUUCUAUAAUAGUACCUAAUAUUAAAGAGGCAUUAGAAAUUAUAAUUUUAGAAGGUUUAAAUGACGAGCGCAUCCGAAAGCUAUAAAGUGGCCACUACCUGCUGCCCUUAAACAUCCACAAUUAAGGAUAGGCACAAUCCUUAAUAAGGUCAGUUUUAGAACAUAAACAUCUGCGCAUACUUAGAUGUCAAAAUAAGAACGGCACUAAUAGUGACUGACCUUAAGUGAACUUGCAAUAACUCUCUAUUAUUGACUUGACACAAAGUAUGCAGUGCUUUUUGCAGAUUUAAUAAAGUCUCCUGUAGAUCCACAAAUAUUUACCUGACGCUCAAAAGCGAAUAGAAAAGAAAUGAUGUAAAUAGUAUUAUUUAGCCGGUGAUUUGUGGCUUUUAACAAUACUUUUAGUUUUAGUUUAUUAAAUAUUUUGUACAAGUUGAAAGAAUUAAAAUAAAUUAUUAA